AUGGCGAAGAAGGGACAGAAGGGACCCGGCAAGCCGUUCCUCGAGUGGUGCGCGGAGAACGGGGAGCGCGGCGAGAGGCUCGCCAACGAGUUCCGCGAGGAGCUGCCGACGGAGCUGACGUACGGGUCGGACUACAAGGCGAAGUGGAAGUGUUUGAAGUGCAAGCACGUGUGGCGGGCGGAGGUGGGCAACCGCACGAGGAGCGACAAACCCACCGGGUGCCCGAUGUGCGCGCAUAAUGCGCCGCCGAGCAAGACGAACAACUUCCUCGCGUGGUGCGAGAAGAACGGCGAGCUCGGAAAGAAGCUGUCGCGCGAGUACGUCGAUAAGGACGAGCCGCCGACGGCGGUGACGAAAGCGUCGAAGUACAAGGCGAAGUGGAAGUGCAGCAACGUCGAGUGCAAGCACGUGUGGCGGGCGCAGGUGGGCGGUCGCACGAAGAGCGUCAAACCCACCGCGUGUCUGAAGUGCGCGCGUAAUGCGCUGGCGAGCAAGACGAACAACUUCCUCGCGUGGUGCGAGAAGAACGGCGAGCUCGGCAAGAAGCUGUCGCGCGAGUGCGUCGAUAAGGACAAGCCGCCGACGGCGGUGACGAAAGGAGCGACGUACAAGGCGAAGUGGAAGUGUGGGAGGUGCUCGUACGAGUGGCGCGCGAAGCUGUACCACCGCACGACGAGCAACAGACCCAGCGGGUGUCCGGAGUGCAACCCCACAGGACCGAAACAACACAUGAAGAAGCGCCGACGCGGCGAGUGA